CCUGUUGUGAAGCUCCACUCAAGUGGGCGGACACACGCCGGUCAGUGCAGCGAAUUAAAGCAUGACGAUGGGCGGGUCUUCUCGAAGCAGUCGCAGGCAGCAGGAAGUAGGCGGUACCGGUGUCUGCUAAUGCCGGUAGCCGUUUUAAAAAAAAACUGAAGUAGCUGCAGGUACCUCUAGCAAACAAACGAACACCCAAGGCCUAUUUGCUAAACCCUGUCGUCGGUGUUUGUGCAGUCUCUCUCCUCUCUCCUCUUUAAGAAAAGCGGGAAGAAAAAUGUCUAACGUUAGCUGGAAGCCCUUUGUGUUCGGCGGACUCGCUUCAAUGACGGCGGAAUGCGGAACCUUCCCCAUCGACCUGGCCAAGACUAGACUCCAGGUACAAGGCCAAGUGGGCGACAGUAAAUACAGAGAAAUCCGGUACAGAGGCAUGCUGCAUGCUCUACUCCGCGUAGGGAGAGAAGAAGGGCUGCGCGCUCUCUACUCUGGGAUAUCUCCCGCCAUUUUGCGUCAGGCUUCUUAUGGAACCAUUAAAAUUGGCACAUACCAGAGUUUAAAGCGGCUGCUGGUAUUUAGGCCAGAAGAAGAAACAUUGCUGACUAAUGUGGCCUGUGGUAUUCUCUCUGGUGUCAUCUCAUCCUCCAUUGCCAACCCCACUGAUGUUUUAAAGAUCCGCAUGCAGGCCCAGGGAAAAGUAAUCCAGGGCAGCAUGAUGGGUAACUUCAUCAACAUCUACCAAGAGGAGGGAACACGGGGCCUGUGGAAGGGCGUGUCUCUCACCGCUCAGAGAGCUGCCAUAGUUGUAGGAGUUGAACUGCCGGUUUAUGACGUCACCAAAAAGCAUCUGAUCCUUUCUGGUUCCAUGGGGGACACCGUGUACACGCACUUCUUGUCCAGUUUUGUGUGUGGUCUGGCUGGAGCUCUGGCCUCAAACCCCGUAGAUGUCGUCAGGACACGGAUGAUGAACCAGAGAGGAGCGGCUCUGUACCAUGGAACCGUAGACUGUUUACUGCAGACCUGGCGCUCCGAAGGCUUCAUGGCUCUUUACAAGGGCUUCUUUCCCAACUGGCUCCGCCUGGGACCAUGGAAUAUCAUUUUUUUCCUCACUUACGAACAGCUGAAGAAGAUUGACGUGUGAUUCCCUCACGACGGGUAAAGAAGAAGAGAAUUUGAGCAUAGCUGUGCUACCAAAAAGGAGCUGGAAAGGACCAAACAAAAAAAUCAGUAUUAUCUGAGUGUGGGUUUGACUUCAUUGUCAAAACCCGCAUGAAGUUCAUGUUCAACCGUGUUGGGUCCAGGCUGAGUUUGCCCGCUUUUCCGCGUGGGCCACGUCUCCUCAAGUGCUCGGUGACUGUAAGUCAAUUUGACGGUUUUUCACCAGUCUACAUCUUCAUUCACGUUAACCCGCUGCUUUUAAAUGUCAUGUGACCUUUAUAUCUACGUCAGCAAGUUGGUCCUCAAAUUUUGGGGAAGCAACUGCUUCUGUCCAAGACGGUUGUUGAUCUUAGUCACUGCCGUCUCUUCAAAUUUUUUUUUUUUUUUUUUUCUUUUACCUUUCAAUUGAGUCCGACUCUUGGCGUCGGUGAAUGGAGUGAGGGAGAGAUUGAGAUUCUCAAAUAGCAGAGAUCUUUACCUGAUAAUGAGCUGUGACAUUCUAUUACUGGGGUUGUCAACUUGUAUUAUGUUGAGCGUCCCCCGUCCCCUG